CGGGCUCGGAAAAAAAAAAAAGGAGUAGGAGGAGUAGGAUGCAGACGAAAAGCGCCGGAAAGCAACACGCCUCCCUUCCCAAUCUCGCUGCUGAUGGCCGCCGCCCGCUGCUGCAGCGCCGCCGCCCUAGCCUAAUGGCGUAGCUGAGCCCACCCUCGCAGUCGCGGCCAAACCAAGCGACCACGCGGAGGCAACCGCUAACAGAAAGGAGAGAUUUUUGUCGCGGCUGUCGGUGGUUCGUGUCUUCGCUGCCUUUUUCCCUUUCGCUUCCUCCGCGGUUGAGAGGGGUCGAGGAUUCAAGGUGGAGGGAGAGUCGGCGGUUUCUCGUCGCAGGACUGGGAGUACAGCACUGGCUAUUAAUUAUCUGAGACCUCUUCUUAUCUACUGCAACAAGAGGGCAUCAAAGCAAGGGUUAAGGCCAGAAGCAGCUCUUCUCAACUCUGAACAUAGCUUCAUACACUGCUUGAUUGAUACUUCCGCUUCGAAGGCAUGUUCAAGAACCAGCUCCAGGAGCUUGCGCAGAGGAGCUGCUUCAACUUGCCGUCCUACGCGUGCAUCCGCGAGGGGCCAGAUCAUGCGCCCCGGUUUAAGGCCACGGUUACUUUUAAUGGGGAAUCAUUUGAGAGCCCGGGGUUCUAUCCCACCUUGCGGCAGGCAGAGCAUGCGGCAGCUGAGGUAGCGCUCAAUGAGUUGUCGAAGAGGGGGCCUUCAUCAUCGCUUGCUGCAAAAGUCCUGGAUGAAACUGGGAUCUACAAGAACCUGCUCCAAGAAACUGCUCAUCGGGCCGGUUUAAAACUGCCCAUGUACACUACUAUUAGAUCUGGACCAGGGCAUACACCAACGUUCACGUGUACAGUGGAGUUAGCAGGAAGGAUCUUCACUGGCAAUCCUGGCAAGACCAAGAAACAAGCCCAAAAAAAUGCUGCUAUGGUGGCCUGGUCUGAAUUGAAGCAGCUGCCUCUAGUAGGUGAGGCAGCAUCUUCAUCUUCUCCAUCCGAUCAUGACGAGGAGCAGGAACAGGUCACAGUUACCCGCACUCUUGAAAACUUGAACCGAAAAAAUGAAGGCAAGGCAUCACAUCAAAAGGAAAAACAGCAAAGCAAUAACCGCCCUCAAUCUCGGAGAUCUUAUCCUAAACCAUAUGUGUCAUUUUACGGGUCACACUUACAAAAUCAGAUGUACCCAAAUGUUGCACCAGAGCAAGCAAUGUACCAUAUGUGGAACCAGGUGCAAGCAACACAGCAGAAGCCCCAAUUUACGAUGGUUCCAAAUAUGGGCAACACAAGGUUUCAACCGCCACCAACUAUGCGCUCCAUGUACCCUUCUCCACCUAGAGGACAGUUUGUCAUGCCAGCCAGCCAAGAUGCUUUAGCUCUUCUUCCAUGUUUUCCUGAAGCUGCUCCUGUCCUUCCACGGUACUUCUCACCUUACCCUGCCUCCUACGUGCCAAGAAGUCCAUUGCCAGUUACUGUGCACACAAUGCACAGGGAAAGGCAAGGGUAUACUGAAACAGUUGAGCUUCCUGAUGCCUCAGUUUUAUCCGGAUACACUGCUCUAGAUUCCUCUAGUACUCCAGAAAAUGUCGGUCCAAGUCAGGUUCAACAAUGGCCUGAAAAUGGGAAAGAGGUGUAUACAGAGAGUAGUGCUGCCUCCGUGGAGGAGAAUAAAGCUCCUCAGACCCUGUCAAGCUCCACAGCACAUCCACCGUCGCAGAAGGUGGAACCAAAUAAAGAUAAUAAAGAGUCAAAGAAGCCAGUAGAACAGCCAGCAAAGUUGUCAUUGUCUUGUGUUGGAUCAUCUGUUGUACAAAGACCUGUCCAGCGACAGGGUCAUCCUAGUCCUGUUCAGCACGGCGAGCCUACCCACAGAAGUAAUCUUCCGUUCAGCAGGGCGACGCCACCAGAGUUAUGGUCUUUGGACAUGCAAGCUCCAGCGAGAUAUGGAGCUGCGACUCCUAUGAGUUCGUCAGGUUUGUUAUACCAGCAGCGGCCCCCUUGGUUGGCGGCCCCUGUUACAGUCCGAACUUCUAUCCCUGUGUGCUCAGCUAGGCCAAAUGCUGCGGUCAACUCUAACCCUGGAGCAGCAGCGCGAGCGGGGCCUGCUGUUCAGAUCCUCUCCAGGGAGGACCCUGAAGCCCACAGGAACACGAGACACGUGGGUGAUGCUUCGACGGCGAGUUCAGAACUCAAUAAGCUCCAUAUGUGAGCGAUGCUCCGACAGCAAGUUGAGAACAGUAGCGAGCUUUAGUUGGGGCUCGGACAUGGCAGUAUAUCAGUUUUGGCCACUUCGUUUCCACAUUGGUAUUUAGUUAGAUAGGAUGAACUUUAUAAAGAGUUGGGGAGGGUUCAUGCUCACAAUCACCAGGCCUGUUCAGAGUUCAUAUUAUACUGCUUUGUUGUCAAGAAAAAUGGAUGAGAACGAUAAUAUACAGAACGGAAGUUCCCUUGUGUGUUUGA